AUGGACUUGGGUUUCAGGGUUGCCGAUGUGAAGAAGAACAUAGAGACUGUGGUGGUAGUUACAGCAUCAUAUCCUGCUGCAGAACAGAUGCUUAUUCACAAAGGAAAAGUGCUUAAAGAUGAGACAACAGUAGAGGCUACCAACGUUUCCGAGAAUAGGACUAUCUGCGUUAUGAAGAGAAAACCUGCAUCUACCGGAACGUCUACCUCAACUGAGACUCCUCCUACUGAACCUGCCUCGGCUAGUGCAUCAUCAUCAUAUGUGGCAAGUGGAAGAGUUUCAGAGAGUAACAUUCAGAAGAUUCUUGAGAUGGUCGGAAUAGGCUGGAACUGUGACAUGGUUACCUCUGCACUCUAUUUGGCAUAUGAUGACAUUGGUACAGCUUUGGAAUAUCUUUACUUUAGAGAGACGGAAGGUGGAGACGAAGAUUCAUCCGAAGACAAGCUCCAUGGUAAUUACUUGUUUAGCUCAUACUCUUGGUACUUAGGGUUUAGGUUUAUAGGUUUAGUAACAGAGAGUAACAUUACGUUGGUGCAGGUCAUGAGGGUGAAGGUGGCCGUGGAGAAAGGGGAGGAAGACGAGGAGGGAGAUUCGGGAGGAAGAGGGGAUCUGAUUCACCAGGUUUCGGUGUCUAAGUCACUUCAGGAUGUUAUAGACAAGGAGAAGCAAGCAGCUUGA